AUGAGGAGGAUCAUGGUCGACACUGGGAGCUCGGCCGACAUACUUUAUCUCGACGCCUUCCAGAAGCUCGGCUUGGUUAAGGGGAACAUGAGCCCGAUGUGCUCAGCGCUCAUCGGGUUCACAGGAGACUCAAUUUCACCACUGGGAGCUAUCACCCUGCCCUUAACCUUAGGGGUCCCGCCAAGGUCGAAGACGGUAAUGACCAUUUUUCUAGUGAUCGACCUUCCCACUGCUUACAACGCCAUACUCGGCCGACCAACCCUCAACAAGGUCAGAGCCGUCGUCUCGACCUACUACCAAACCAUCAAAUUCCCGACUUACGCUGGGGUUGGGGAAGUUACGGGAAGCCCCCGAGAGUCCAGGAUUGAGCCACCAUUGGAAGACCCGCGGGAAACAAAAAAACCGGCCCCUCAUCCCGAGCCAAGUGGAUCCACCAUUGACAUACCACUGCAAGAAGCUCGGCCAGACCAGACGGUCAGGGUCGGUUCGGAACUGCCCGAGUGGGAACGGGAGCAACUCGUUGGUCUACUACGGGAGAACACCGACAUCUUCGCCUGGUCACCUUCUGACAUGACGGGCGUCGAUCCAGAGGUCGCACAGCAUCACCUCAACAUCCCACCUGAUGCUCGCCCGGUGAAGCAAAAGCCUAAGCGGCAGGCCCCUGACCGGCAACGCGCCAUACGAGAAGAAGUGGGCCGACUUUUAGCGGCAAGCUUCAUAGAAGAAGCCAGAUAUCCUCAAUGGCUAUCCAAUAUCAGGAUGGCGCCCGAAGACGAAAAGCAUACGACCUUCCUCACCGAUCAAGGGGUGUACUUCUAUAAGGUCAUGCCGUUCGGGUUGAAGAACGCCGGGGCCACGUAUCAAAGAACGGUGAAUAAGAUGUUCGCCCAUCAGAUUGGGAGGAACAUGGAUGUUUACGUAGAUGACAUGAUCGUGAAAAGCCAAGAGGCCAGAACGCACCUAGCCGACCUGACCGAGGCGUUCGCCACGCUGCGCAAGUUCGGUAUGCGACUUAACCCCACAAAAUGCGCCUUCGGCGUCACCUCCGGAAAAUUCCUCGGGUUCAUCAUACACGAAAGAGGAAUUGACGCCAACUCGGAGAAGGUUCAGGCCAUCAUCGACAUGCAGUCACCCCGGACGGUCAAAGACCUGCAGCGACUUAACGGAAGGCUUGUCGCCCUCUCUUGCUUCCUCGCCCGGUCGGGCGAUCGCUGCCUCCUCUUCUUCAGGGCGCUCAAGAGCCUGAAAAACUUCCAGUGGACGACGGAGUGCGAAGAGGCCUUCAUACAAAUAAAGCAGCGCUUGGCCAGCCUCCCCCGACUCGCCUCUGUUUCUCCCGGGGAGAAGCUGGGCCUCUACCUAGCGGCUUCCCCACAUGUAGUCAGUUCUGUCUUGAUCAAAGAAAGCUCUGGCGAGCAACUUCUUAUCUACUACAUCAGCCAUGCCCUGAGCAGACCCGAGGGGCGUUACCCGCCAAUAGAGAAGCUCGCACUCGCCCUAGUGCUGUCAGCUCGGAAGUUGCACCCCUACUUCCAGGCCCACCCGGUGGAGGUCAUCACCGACCAACCUCUUCAACAGGUCUUAUCUAAAUUUGAUGUUGCAGGUCGGCUCCUCAAAUGGGCAGUGGAGCUCGACGAGCAUGAUAUAAGAUAUGUGCCCAGGACCGCCAUCAAGGCCCAGGCGGUAGCCGACUUCAUCGCGGAGUUAACCCAGAUGGAAGAAAGGGACCUCGAGCAACCUCCCGAAGCUUGGCUCUUACAUGUGGACGACUCGGCCAGCUCAAAGGGUGCCGGCGUAGGGCUGGUGCUGCUCGCCCCCGACGGACGCUCGUUCGAGCACUUCCUCCGCUUUGGUUUUAAUGCCACUAACAACGAAGCGGAGUACGAGGCACUCGUAGCAGGACUCAGGUUGGCCCUCGAGAUGCAAGUGGCUGCGAUACACGUCCUCACCGACUCACAGCUUGUCGCCGAGCAGCUCAGCGGUGGAUACGAAGCUCGGGACCCGACCAUGGCGAAAUACCUGGCACGGGUAAGGGACCUCAUUGCCAAGUUUCCAUAUUUCGCGCUAUCUAAAGUUCCGAGGGAGGAGAACGAGCGAGCCGACGCGCUAGCUAAGUUGGCGUCAAAGCCGACCUUCGAAGCGUGGACGAAGGUCGAGGAACUUCCUGCCCGCGCCAUCGAAAUAGCGGCUACGGCCCCUAGCAGCGCGCCGAUCACAUGGGUACAGGAGCUGCUACGCUUCAAAAGAGACGGGACCCUUCCCCACGACGAAGUCACGGCCCGACGUGUGCGUCGUACACAUGCAUGGUACACCGAGGAGAGUGGGCAGCUUUAUAGGCGGUCCUUCACCUACCCCCUCCUACGAUGCUUGGAGCCUGACGAAACCCGGACGGUCUUGGCCGAGAUCCACGAGGGAGUCUACGGAGAACACGUCGACGGGCGAACCCUGGCACACAAAAUACUCCGCCAAGGUUACUACUGGCCGACUAUGUGCGGGGACACGAAGGCUUACGUACAACGGUGUGAUUCGUGCCAAGAACACGCCCGCACACCCCGACAGCCUGCGGUCCUGCUCAGCCCCAUCGAUAGCGCAUGGCCCUUCGCGCAGUGGGGUUUGGACCUGCUUGGACCUUUCCCACCGGCUUUGGGGCAGCGGAAGUACAUCAUCAUGGGAGUGGACUAUUUCACAAAGUGGGUCGAGGCCGAGCCGUUGGCGACGAUCACGGAACAUCAAAUAGAGAAGUUCGUGUGGAGGAACCUAGUAACUCGUUUCGGGUUGCCCAAAGCCAUUAUUACGGAUAAUGGACCCCAGUUCGCCGGUAGAAGGUUCCGAGAGUUCUGUGCUAGCCAUGGCAUCCAACUGAGGUUCAGCUCGGUGGCCCACCCUUAG